UCACGUGAGCAGACUGGCUACGUCAUGACUCCCGACCUCAACGCAUUACAUGAUUGUGUACCGGACCCCGAUGUACAGGCGCUCUUUAAUACGAUAGAGCCAGGACAAACCGUUCUGGACGAAGCGCGGCAAGGUGCGCACCAAGGAGCCAUGCUUGAAGCCCGCAUAUUGGUUGAAGCGGUUGUAGAGCAUAGCCUGCUAGCUGAACAUCGGGCACCGAACACAGCACGGCGCCAGGAAUGUGUGCAGGACAUCAGUCUGGCAAGCGUAGUGCCUAUCACGCCCUACCAACAGAGCGUGCUAGACCUUGGUGCGCUAAUGCCCUUCCUACGGACUCCUCAGACUGAGGCCGAGCUAGAUUGGCUGGAUAAUGAUCUUGGCAUUAUCACCGGGGACGUCGCGGUUCCUCUCGAGUAUCGCACCCAGUUUGUUAAUAUCAAGCUACUAGUCGGCUAUGCUGCCAACACUGCAGUCAGAGAGGAUUCGCCCUAUUACCUUGGCGAGCCGGAUGACACUCCUCAGACCUCUGAGCAGCUUGCGCUGGCAUGGGCCCUCUGUUGGACCAUCGAGUUUGCGCCAGCUUUCAGCUGCCCUGUCAGGUUCGCUUACGAUUGUAUGGUAGCAGGCAAGGGGGCUUUUGGAGAAUGGAAACCUCCGGCUGCAAGAGGAGAGUGCAGACAAUCAGAGCUCCCUCUUUACCUACUUCACUUGCGACAGAUUGCGGUAAGUAGGGUCCAGUUGGAUCACAUGCACGUUCCGGGCCAUGCCGGACAUCUGGAGAACGAGUUCUCCGAUCAAAUUUCGAAACAGGCCAGACGGCAGGAGACAACAGCGGGCGAUAAGCUGCUACCCUUAUGGCCCAGCCAGCUCCGGACGCAUGACCUUUGCCCUUGGACGUGGCUACUUGCUGCCAAUGGUCCUGAUGUACCAGCACUAUAUGCCUUUGAGUCUGAGGCCGCGCGCUUGCAGACGCUGGAUGCCAGACCUGUGUCCGCGCCAUUCCCGGUCCAGGAGCAGCAAGCCUCAACUGCAGAGUGCGCGUAUAGCUUCGCCGCCAUUACGUAUAAUGUGCUGACGCUACGGGACACACAUAAAGGUAAGGGGUCGGAGCCUGCCGGUCUUCGCAUCAUGGGACGGAAAACUAUUUUCAAGCAGCAGCUUGAAAAGCUGUCCCCCCUCUUUGUAGGCCUUCAAGAAACUCGGCUCCCUGAAGCCUGCAUGCAAGCGGACUCUGACUACUGGAUUUACCAAUCCGCUGCUACUACGCAUGGGCACUUGGGCUGUGCCUUGUGGGUGGCGAGGAAAGUUGAGUAUGCGAGAAAGGCAGGCCGAAACCUGUAUAUUAGCGACAGUGAUGUCAACAUAUCCGGAGUCUCACCGCGGCAUCUGUGCGCAUGCAUCCACGCGGAGGCUUUACGCCUCAUGGUCAUGGUGGUGCAUGCGCCUAGCGCCUGCAAGGUCCCGCUUGAUGAGGUUCAGGCCUUUUGGCGAGACCGGGCCGCGGAUUUGGCGAGAAGGCCCGCUGGAUUUGACUUCCUUAUCCUGGCAGAUGCCAAUGCACGCGUGGGCCACAUCAGCACAGACCAUGUAGGGGACCACCACUCCGAGACGGAAAAUGCUGCCGGAGAGGUGCUCCAUGACUUCUUGCAGGAAACAGGGGCCUUUCUGCCAACUGCCUUCCCUGAUAUACACGAGGGAGGUAGUAUCACGUGGAAGUCCCCCACAGGAGAUACAGCCAGGCUUGAUUAUCCCAUUGUUCCGCUCUCUUGGCGCAAUUUCGCGCUCCGAUCCCAGGUCCUUGAUUGCCUGGAGAUGCUACAGCUUCGAGAUGACCAUUACCCGGUCAUGCUGCACUGUGCAUGCGUUCAGCAAGCUCCGCCAACCGCUUAUCAGGCGAAACGGCGUGCGGCGCUUCGCCCAGCCAAGCCCGCUACUCCACAGGAACGGCAGCAUACCCGGCGAUGCCUGGCCCAGGUGCCCCUGAUUCCGUGGCACAUGGAUGUAGAUGCCCAUUAUGAACAACUCUCGGAGGACUGGAUCAAUGCCGGAAUUGCCAUGCAGGACACUUCGGCGCCCAAUGUGGCCGCCCCCAUGCAGCCCCACGUUAGCGAGCAUGCACGUCAUCUUGCAUUAAUGAGGCAAGGUCUAAGGCAGUACCUUAAAAUGGAGGCAGGGGAGAGGCAGACAGUUCAGCACCUCGCAGCUGAAGCCAUGCAGCGCCUGCAUCUCUAUGGCUUCUAUAUACGUAAGCAGGUUGAGCUGGAUCGCCGAGCUUAUCUAAAGAGUCUGGCUGACAAUGUGCGGAUGCAGGACAUUAGGCACCCACAGGCUCUGUACUAUGCUGUGCGCAAGGCCUAUCCCGCAGCACGGUCUGCGCGUAAAAGUGCGUUCAAACCACUACCAGCGGUGCGCGAUGACAAGGGUGAGCUUGUUGUCACCUGCGCAGACCGCAAUGAGCGAUGGAGACGACACUUUGCGGAUCAAGAAGCCGGUCAUGUUGUAACCGAACAGCAGUACAUACAACAUGUCCAAGACAAAUCGCGACUGCGGGAGACAGCUGUCUUCGACAUACAUGCGGUCCCCACUUUAGCAGAGCUGGAGACCAUCGCACAGGCCCUGCGGACCGGCCGUGCGGCUGGACUAGACAGAGUCACCAGUGAGUUCCUUCAAUCCCACACCCCUACCACUAUGCGCCAGCUCCUGCCAAUAUGUCUUAAGUCAGCUUUGGCGUUACGGGAACCCGUGCACUUCCGAGGUGGGGAACUCAUCUGCUUAGCAAAAAAGGCAGGAGCGGCACUACAGUGCAGUGGGUUCCGUAGCAUCCUCAUCAGCAGUGUACCAGGCAAAGUCCUCCAUCGUGCCCUACGGACAAGACUCGUCAACCUGCUCAUGGCUCACUGCCCAGCCAUGCAGGCCGGUGCGGUGCCAGGCGAAGGCAUAGAACAUAUCGCGCUAGCUGCCCAGUCGUUUCAACAACUCCACCAGGGUCACAAACGGCCAUGGGCCCUUGUGUUCUAUGAUAUUCAAGCGGCCUUUUACUCCGUCAUCCGAGAACUGGUCGUGCCAAGCACUGCCAGUGACGAGGGCUUACUGCGCCUCCUUCAUGCCCUCCGGCUGCCAGACGGUGCCAUCGCUGAGUUGCGUGAAAAACUUGAGGGCAUCGCUCUCUUGCCCAAACUCGGGGCAUCAGACCACUUAACGGCUCUUGUCCAGGAUCUCUACAGAGGAACCUGGUUCAAACUUACACAGAGCUCGGUCAUCACCCUCACGCAGAGGGGCACUAGGCCAGGUGAUCCGGCUGCGGACGCCGUGUUCGGCCUUGUCAUGUCAGCCAUGCUGCGUAGCAUCACCGAGAGUCUAGCCCAAUCCGACUUACUCCCCGUUCCCCUUGAGCCGGAGAACCCACCUCACUGGGCUCGCGCGACCGAUACUGGUGGGUGGGGAUGCCCUGCCUGGGCGGACGACUUCGUGCAGCCGGUCGAAGGGCCCAACGAUACCACUCUGUUGCAAAGAGUGCAGAGAGCAGCCGGUAUCGUAGCAGAGCGAGUCACAGCCCUGGGCAUGCAUCUCACAUACGCCCGGGAUAAGACCGCUGUCUUGCUGCCUAGCUGGAUCAGUCCCACGCAGCAGCCGAUACAGCUGAACGCUGACGGCGAGCCCUUCAUCAGAGUUGAGAAUAGAUUGCUUGUGACCCAUCACAGCCUACCCGUCGUGACGGCCUAUAAGCAUUUGGGUGGGAUUGUCACAGCUGAUGCCAAACCAGGGCCGGAUCUCCGAUUCAGGUUUGCGCGCGCCCUCGCCGUGGUCAAACCGCUCCGAGCACGCCUGUUCGCUGAUAAAGGCACACCUAUCAGCAUCAGGAGGGCCCUUUUGAGGUCCUUGGCGAUAUCCAAAUUGUCUCAUACUGGGGCGGCGCUGUAUCUUAAAGCUUCCAUCCACCAAAGACUCUGGGCUCAGCAGUACAUUAGCUUGUGGCGUAAUCUUUUCGCCAAAGCUGGCCCCACCCAUCAUGUGCACGCUUACGAGGUGCUGCUGCUCGCCCAAGCAGCACCUCCGCCCUUGGCGCUGGCACGGGCAAGAGCCACCUUCCUUGCCAGGGUUGUUCGAGCAGGCCCGACACCCUUGGGCACACUUUUGUAUGCUCAUUGGCAACAGUCACCCUCGACUGCCUGGCUGACACAGUUGGAAGCAGAUUAUCAUACUGUGGCUGCGUUUCUGCCCGAGGUUAAGGGCUUGAUCUCAGCCUCCUCUCCAGUCGAAGGCAUACUUGAGGCCCUUGACGUAGAUCCGAGAUGGUGGUUAAGGCAAACUGUCGCUGCAGCGCGCAGCUUCCACCGUGAUCUCGUCAAAUGGCGAGCGGCGGGCUCUGUCACGCCCCAGCCCGAGCCGGUUGAGGUUAAGGAGGCAGAGGCUGAAGCGAAGAGCCAUGCUACCAGGCUAAAAAAGGGGAUAUGGCAGGAAUACCUGCCACCGCGCGCGGCCAUACCGGCCUACGGCCCUCCGCUCCCCACCAAGGACGAACGGGCGGUAGGAAGGGACGAGGAAGACGAAGAGGUCUUUCUCUCUGAGUUACGCCCCACCUAUUCGCCGUCAACAGCCAUACGGCAAUGGCUAGAAGCGUACGUAGGAGGGGCGUCCAAAGAGGGCCCGCGGAUGACCGCU